AUGGUUUGGGCUUGCUUCGCAGGAAAUUUGAAGUCAAAGCUUGUGUUUCUGGUGGGCUCGCAAGACGGCGAGAAGUACGUGCAAACAUUGGAGGAAAAUCUCCUUCCUUUUUCAGAGGAGCUUCCUGUCACCUGGAACUUUAUGCAAGAUGGUGCUCCAUGUCACUGUUCUAAGUUUCCAAAAGACUGGCUUUUUGACAACUACAUAUCCGUCUUAGAGUGGCCCGCGUACUCCCCAGACCUUAACCCCAUAGAGAAUUUGUGGAUUAUUCUUGUAAGAAGGGUUUACGCUAUUCAGAGACAAUUUGAAAGUAUCCAAUCGCUCACGGAGUGCAUUAUUGAUGCUUGGGACUCUAUUUCUACUGAAACGCUUUUUAGCUUAGCUCAAUCUAUGCGGAAGCGGUGCGUAGAGGUAGUCCUGCCCAAAAGCAAGAACAUAGACUACUGA